AAGAAUUAGAAAACGUGCAACGUGUUCGUGGAGCUCGACCUGUGGUCGCGUUUUGAAACGAUUGCGGCGUGUUGGCUUAUCAGUGAAAUAGCUAAGCGCAAUAAUGGCCACGACUUUUGCAGGUUCAAAGUACCCCAAGCUCAACGCUGAUGAUGAUGAUGAUGGAGACGGCGAUGAUGAUGAUGGGGAGGAGGAGGAAGAAAAUUCCGCAGAAUCGGGCUCGACCAGCUCGUUUAGUUUGCAGGAAUGCAUUAACGAGUUUCGUGCUCGCCGCAUCAGACGCGUCUCCACCCAAAGUCGCGAUCGAGAAAUGCUAGCCGAGGAAAAAGCAGCAGCAACAGCACCACAGCCACCCCAAAUCGCUGCCGACGCACAUCUAAUCAACCAGAAUCUGUGCAACAAGGUGCAAGAGCGGAAAGGCAAGCCCUGCAAGAAUGGCUUCUGCUAUUGCUUCACCAGCGACAGCGGCGACUGUGCGUCCACAGCCCCGCCACGUGACUGGCACGUGCGCCAGCACAAACGCAGCAGGCGCCCCGAAAGCAGUAAGCCGCUCCAGAAUAAUCUAAAUGCUCAGCAGAGCCAGAGCCAGAUUCAGUCACGUCGUCAAAAGCAGCAGCCAGCUGCUCAAACGGAGCGAGCAUCCACUGUUUGUGCACCUGGCCCAAUGACUGCCGUGAGUAGUCUGCGUGCUGUGGGCGAGGAUGCGCCGCUUAUACACAUUAUACAGGAGCUGCGCGACAAUUGCGUUAUUUCCGAGGUGCGCGUCAACAGGCAGAAGCUGUCCAGCGUCAGUCGCUCCACAGCGGCAGCAUCGGUAGUUACAACAGCCUCCAAGCCUAAGCCAAAAAUGCAGCAAACUGAGUGCAUUGACUAUAUGCCCUCAGCGCCCGCAUUGUCCAACAUUAGCGAGCAGGAGACACCGCUGGAGGAGGAGAGUGAAGCAUUUCGAACGGAACCAACCGCCAGUGUGGCAACAGGCAACAGUUUGCACUCGACACGUCGCAGUUCACGUCGUAGUUCCAGUGGGGGCGGUGGUCGUUUGCUGCAGAAGCGUCUCUCCCUUGGCCAGGUGAAUUUCAAGGCGCGCAAUAUGGAGCAGCCGCCACCGAAGCCUCCGCGCCGCAACGCACAGAGUCUCGAUGGUAAAAUUUCGUUAUCAUCGUUGACCUCGACGACGCCGUCGGUGCGCGAUGCCGAACGUGUCCUGGAUGAGUUUCUGCGCAAGCAUGGCGUCCAGCUGCCAACAACUAAAAUGGAUAACCUGCCAAAGACCAAGAGCACACGUAAAUCCUAUCCAUUGGCUGAAGUUGAGAAACCAAUGCGUGGAGUUCCGUUGCCGCUUGCCACCUGCCCCUCGCUGAGUGACAUUGAGCGUGUGGUGGAAUCCAAGCGUGGAGCACACUAUGCCAAGAAUAUACACAUGGUGAGCAGAAAGAACGCUGUGGCCGAUAAGCCCAUGAAGGAGAUUAUGAUCGGCUGGACAGAGCCAAAGAUCAAUGAUAUGCUGAACUACGAUGGCUCAAAGCAGGCACAGUUCAAGACACAUGCGCCACAGCCAGCACCACAGGUGGUGACAGGUGGCAACAUUGGUUGGCAAUUGCCAGUAGUGCCCAAAAUCUCGCUGGAUAUGGUGGAUGGCGUUAGCGAGAAUCUCGCCGUCAAUAUGGAUCAGAAGCACACUCCGAUUAAAUACCCCCGCUUGCCGACGGGUCACAAAAACAGCAGCAGUCAGAAAUUCAUUUGGGGCGAACAGUUGCGCAAUCUGUCACCUUGGAACAAGCGACCAGGAUUGCGCAGCAAGUCACGCAGCUUUCUUAAUAAUUCCAAAAAGAAAAUACUGCGCUUUGUCUCCCCGAAAAAGUGCAACCGACACGAACAGGAGCAGCAGCAUCUGUGGCAAAGAAUAAGACAACAACCCACUCCUCGACUGUGCACAGUGGGUGUGCAGACCUCCAGUUCGCAAUUGCAACUGGAUUUGCAGUCACAAUCCCCGCCAGGCAGCUAUCAUUCGCCUGUACAGACAACGCCCUCAGCCACCACCUGCUCCACUCGGCGGCGUGAGUACAAGGAUAGCUCGGAGCAGCCUUAUUUUGAUUUCGAGCGAAAGGUCAAACCACCAAAGCCGCCCAAAAAGCUACCGCGUGCACAGCGUCCACGCAAGCUUGACUUUCAGGGUGGAAGCACAGCUGCACCCGCUACAUAUCGCUCAUAUCACAAGGAUCUCGACCAGGAUGUGACCAUCACCAAAAUGGGCUAUCUGCUGGGCAGCAUACGCGCCAAAUUGGAAGCCAGUGAUGAACGAGCACUACGCACAUUUCGGGAGUGCUCACAUUUCCCCCACUUGGAGCAUACGGAACUGCCAAGUGAUAGUUUCGAUUGUACUGAUGGAUCCAGCACUCAAGUGCUCGUGCGUCCGGCAACAACAGCGCUGCGUCAGCGUCGUGAUCUUGACCGGGAGCCCAUUUAUUCAGAAAUUGAAGAGGACUGCAUCCGCAUUAGCGGCAGUCCACACUUCGAUGUGAGAACCGCUGCCCAGCAAGAUGUGCGACCGACACCGACACCCACUCCCACGUCCACACCGACAACAACGGCAACAAUAGACGAGCCAACUCCCAUUUCUUCGCCUCUGCCUCAAACUGUAGAUCCAAACGCAUUGUAUGCCCAAGUGCAAAAGGCCAAGAAACCAGUACAGACGAAGACUGCGGCACAGCCCAGACCGUUGGGCCAAUUUCUACAGGAAUCGCUUAUAAAUGGCAGUUUCUUUCAGUUUAUGCCGCUGCCAGAUGAGCCGGUCAGCGAUACAUCCUAUACGGUGUCCACAUCAAAGUCUAUUAAUCAAGCAUCCGAGCAGCCGACAUUGCCGAUGCAUCAGUCGCUGAACAACAUAAAAGAAAAGCAUUCGCCGCCCAAGAGUAAUCGUAAUCUGUCCAAAUCGGAACUUUCGCUGCAGCGUAGUGAGAUAUUUCUGGAGAAUUUGUGUCGCAGUGAAAUGGUGCUGGAUCAUGACGAUAAUGUGCGGCUGGAGAAGGUGCAAAAUACCUGCCUCACUGCGUCUGCAGACGCUGGGGGCUCGAAUGCGGAUGAUGUCUCUUAUGAUAUGCCUAAUGAAAUCUAUGGCGACUAUAUCAUUAAGGACGGCAAUGCCAGCGGCACUACUGGCAGUCAAUAUGGAUCGGUUCAGCUUGAGCCACCGCCUCCGUCUUUUGAUAAUCAGAGCACACCAAAGAAGCAGAAUCAGCGCUUUACGACUAAGCCCUCGCGUGAGCUCAGCAUUGAUAUAAACGAUGGCCCUACGGUAUCAGGUCGUCCACCAACUGUCAGCCACAGUUGCCCGACGACUCCACACCAGCCCACGAUGCCCAGCCAGGUGAAAAAUGCGCACAGCAGCCUCAGCGAGCUUGCCGAGAGGCCGCCCAAUGACAGCCAGUUGCUGUCGGUGAGCACAUUGGCGCGUUAUCGCCUCCUCAAGGAUGCACUGCGUCGUUCCUAUCGCAAGGGCAAGGACUUCCUACUGGCCGAGAAGCAACGACUGACGCACAGUCUUAGCUUGUCGCGAGAUCAAUCCAAUCAAACUGAAGGCGAACUGGACAGCAGCACCUAUUAUGCCACCUUGAAUCUGGACUCGCUGCUCAACGAGUCACUGACCACAAAUGAGCAGCUCGCACAGGCAGUUAGCAUUUGUCGCCAAAUGCCCGAGCUGGAAAUCUCAGCCGAAAUGGUGGAAGCGGAGCGUCUGCUUCUCUUCACCACGCUGCGCAAAAAAGCGCCGCCAGCAGCAGCUGCUGUGCUAAGCGAGGCAACAUUGGCAGCCAGGCAGCAAAUGCAGUGUCUACUCAUUGAUGCUCUGCAUUUGCCGGUGAGGGCUGAUGUCAGCCAGGACAUGUUUUUCAACUCCUACUACAUAUGCACCAUGGAGUGCGAGGGUCGCAUACGUUCCACACAAUCGAUCGAGUGCCAGAAUGGAGCUGCAAUCUUUCGCGAUUGUGGCCUGGAGUUCUUUAGUGCUGGUCAAGCGGAGGCAAUGGAGCUGCGCUGUCAGAUUUUUAUGCUGCGUCUGCGCAAGGUUUCAACACUGACGCUAGAGCCGACCAAGACGCUGCUGAAACGGGGCAGUGGCAGCCUUGGCUCCGCCUCCUCCAAUAACUCCUCACAGUGUGAUCAGAUCGUCUCGCGCUUUCGCCUACACGCAUCCUUCAUGCUCAAGGCCAGCGAUCUUGGGCCCUACGAGCUGGUGAUGAAUGAAACCCAGCCCAGUGACAAGCUGUGGCUGCGCGCCUCACGCACCUGGCAGCUGCCGCUGACGCCCCACACGAAAUCCUCGAAUCUACUGCCACAGAUUUCGCUGAGCGGUCGCGUCGAGCUGCGCCUGCCAAAGAGCCAAUAUUCUGGCUAUCUUAACGUGCAGGAUACGGAUCCGCGGAACAAACACAACUGGAAUCGUCGCUGGUGCACGCUCAACGGACUGUGUCUCUCCGUUUGGCAGCACGAACACAAUCUCAGUGAGCAACCACCGCUGCUGGCCAUGCAGCUAGCUGAUUGCCGCCAGCGGCAACUGGAUGUGGCGCCACGCGAGCUGUGUGCACGGGCCCGUAGCUUCUGGCUGCAGUGUCCCAACUCUGAGGCAUUUUUUGCAGCCGACACGCAGUCUGAACUCGUCGAAUGGAUGCGGCAACUAAAUGAUACCCUCGAAUUUGCCAGGCGUUGGUUAAGUGCCUCUUAGUGCCUCUAUUGGUAUUGUUAAGCUUAUUGUAUCUCCUUCAUAUUAUAUUUGUAUAUGUUCAGAAUAAGAUUUUAUAAUUGUUUUUGGUUAUUUAAGGGUAAAUUGUUGACUUUGUCAUGCUAAUUUUAAGCGAAUAUAUCUUCCCAAUAUCAAUAUCUAUAUAUUAUCUAGACAUAUAUACCAUAUAUACUUGCCGAUGUAUUUUAGUCAAAUGCUUUGUCUAGUCAAAGCUGCACUCAUAUUAAUUGGGGAAUCCCCCCGCAAGUUGUAAGCAUUCCGGAAUAGCCUUAAGUUAAAUCAUGUCCCGAGUUCAUUACACCUUAAUAGUUUUUCUUGUGUGUAGGCUUUAAUAUAUGCACAACAACAACAACAGUUUAUUACAUACAUAAUUUACAUGGAUUAUAAUAUAAUAAAGAUAUAGUACACAUUUAUAUAUAUAUGUAUAUAUUUGUGCGGGUUACAAUAUGAUACAUA